UUUCUUUGCAAGUUUUCUUUGUAUAUUUUUGUUCCGCUAAUCUUUUUGUUAUAUUUUUUUUGAUUUUGCUUUAUUUAACAACCAAACUACAGUCAAGAUAAGAUUUGUAUCCAGUUGAGCUAUGUAGCAGAAAAUUGUUAUGGUGAAUAUACGAAAUAUCAAAGACAAACUCCUAAGUUAACAAAAUGCUGCUGAAACUCGACUCCGUAAAAAAUAAGCAGUACAAAAGAUUUUUGGAACAUAUAUUUUAUAUUAUUAUUGUCUUAGUUCUCAUUCCUGCUUUUCUUUAUUUUGAGAUAUGUGUGGUGUUACCUGCAAUAGUAGAGCAAUGGAGUUUAGCCUUCUUUUGUCACUUGGUUUGUGCAACAUUCCUAUUGCAAAAUAUUAUAGGGAAUAUGAUAUAUGGAAUGUUUACCAACACUAGUAUUAAGGGCAAAAAGCUUGAAAGUUCUUCUAAUGAAGGUUGGACUCUCUGUAGUGUAUGUGAAUGUUUGCGACCACCCCGUGCCUGGCAUUGUGCUACUUGUGAUAUUUGCAUCCUCAAAAGGGACCACCACUGUACAUUCUUUGCAUGCUGUGUUGGGUACUACAAUCAUAGAUAUUUUAUGCUCUUUACCUUUUACAUAUUUAUUGCUAUGGUUUAUAGUCUUUAUUACAACAUUAAAUUUGCUGCUCUGUUCAUCUCUUGGAACAAUGGAUUAGUAUUAUUGCGAUUUAUAUGCCCACUUGCUAGUAUUGUCAUAGACUUUGGAGAUGAGAGUCUCUAUAUUUUUUUACUAGUCAUAAAUGUAAUAGUUGGCCUCUUUACUGGAUUUCUAUCUUUUUAUCAUUUUAAUAAUAUAAUCAAAGGAAGAAUUGUUUCUGAAACAAGUGCCUACACUGAUGAUUUUAUUCACAACAAAGGCUGGAAACUUAAUAUGAUUGAAGUAUUUGGAGACAAAUGGUAUAUGACAUGGAUUUCACCAUUUAUUCUUAGCAGAUUACCAGGAAAUGGUAUUACUUGGUUUAUUGAAAAUAAGAGCAAAUAAUUUAUGUCAGAAUAGAAAUGGCAAUAAAACACAUGUACACAAAUAAUGUUAAAAAUGAGGCAUGAUUGAGCCACUUAAAAGCACAAAAGUACACUGCCACACAGAUUUAUUUGCUCUACAUGUAUAAGGCUAACCUGGUGGGGUUCUUAAGUAUUUUAUGGUCCAAUUAUGACUAUGAUUCUUAUCAUUUUAUAGUGAAGGAAAAAUAAUGUAUUGCUAAAUGACUCAAAGGAGGCAAGAUUAAAAUUACUUCAGUAAAAUGUAAAGAUUUGUUCCACCUUAAAUUUAGGGUUUGUAUACUAGAUCCUCAUCCUGUUGUAUAACUCAGAGUAUGGUAACAAAAUGAUUAGUCUGAAGUUUUGUUUGAAAAUUGUAUGCAUGUAAGUAGGUACUAAAUAGUAGUGAAUUAUAUGUACCUACCAUAUUAUAUAAAAUGCCUAACGUAAAAAAUAUAAUGAUACUAAUAUACAUGUUAAGUGUCUCCUGGUGCUAUGAAAAUAAUAAAUACUUAAUGUGACCAUCAAAUAAGAUAAAUAGGUAAUAGAUAUUACAAUUAUUAUCAAAUCAGACUUAAUAAACUUGCUGUGAUAUACUACCAUUUAGCUUUGAAAAAUAUUAGUUUUAAAAUAUAUUAACCUUAAAUAGUCUACCAGAAAAUUGUGGGUUCUAAUAUUGCAAUCUUGUAAAUUGCAUAUUAAGUAUGGCCACAACAGUUAAUGAGUUCAUAUUAUAGUCUGAUUGUGAAAUAUUACUUGUACCCAAACGUUAAUCCAUAACAAAAAAAAUAUAGUACUCAUAACAUUCCUGACUAAUAUGAACUCUAUAGCCUGUGUAAAAGUGUUUUUGGCCCUUGCAUGUGAAUUUGUCCUUUGGAUCUAGCUUUAAUAUAUUGCAUGACUCAUGAGCAUGACCAGUGUGCAAUUAGUGUUAUAAAAAAAA